CCCAGCCGUCUUUGACGCCGCUUUUUUUUCGUUCGUAUAUGGUACCUAGAUCAAUCCAGAACAUACGGUACCUACCUUAGUGGACGAGGACUACAUCAGCUGGGACACGCACGCUAUUUUGGGCCACCUGGUACACAAAUACGGCCUCGACGACAAUCUCUAUCCGAAAGAUCCGGAAAGAAAGGACAUGGUCGACCAAAAACUGUUUUUUGAAUCGGACACCCUAUGCCCUAGAGUGAACAGCGUUAUUCAGGCGAUCGUUAUAGAAAACGAGAAAGAAAUCCCCACCGAGAAGAUAAGUGCCAUAACGGAAUCCUACAAACUCCUAGACGGGUUCCUAGAAAACACAACCUUCCUCGCCGGAGACAGCUUAACUGUAGCAGAUCUCUGUUGUGUCGCAACAGUUAGUACUGCAACCGUUAUAACUCCUAUAUCAACAGAGAAGUAUCCCAACUUAUCACAGUGGUACCGGACGUGUAAAAACUUGGACUAUUACGAAUCCUCGAAUGGAAACGGACUGAACAAACUCGAUGCUUUAGUUGAAUUAAAACUAGGCCGACCCCGAACAAAAGAACUAUGCGAAUAGCACUUCUUGUGAACACUUUUGUGAUAUUUUG